UUACCCAUCACUCAUCCUUGGGAGUUUUGGCAUUAUUAAUCCUCAUCGGAGGGGGGCGGGGGAGUUUCGCCACUCAAUGCGAGAGAAAUUAUGCUAAUUUUAUGCCGACUUGUGGGGUAUAGUGCCAUCUGUCUUGAGAGGCUCAAAGUGGACGAGAAAGCAACCACCGACACCAGCAACCUUCCGCUGGCAGACCCCAAACCGGCCUGGAUCGACCCGCGGUGUAGUAAUCGGGGGCCACUGGCCAAUUCAGACCUGGAAAUGGGAUUGGGUGAUUGGCGCCGAGGGUCGUUGCCGGUAUCGCUGUCGUCCUCCUCGGAUAUGAACGACGCGCAACAGACUAAACAGCCCGGUGGCGAUGAUGUGUUGGUGCUGAACCGCUGUAAUCAUGUCUUCCAUGCCUCUUGUCUGGUAUUAUGGGUCGAGCAGCAUCGGUAUAGGUGUCCAAUAUGUCAGGCGUCGCUGAAGCAUGGGUCUUGACGGUUUUCUUUUUGCCGAGUUUCCGUCUUGGAGGCUGCUUGCCGAGUCUUUCUGCCAAGAGUAAGGUGUAACCAGACGUUUUAAGGUGACCUGGCGUUUUUGGUGCUGGUUGGCUGGCGGUGCUGGGAUAUGAUGUCUCUUUUUUUCGGUUUACUCGUUUGCUUCUGCAUCUUAGCCCCCGCUCUCUCUUU